CCGGUGGGUUGCUCUGCUACUAUCAACUUGAUCUGCCGGCCGGCUGCUGGAAUGCGUCCUUAAGGCUAAGGAUCACACACGGCCGGAGGCGACACAAAACCCACACACGUCCUUCCUGUGGCUCAGACGUAGCGCUCGACCACACAGCAACCCGAUCCAACGAACUCCAGCAGUGACUCCGCCAAAAAGUUAGUAGACGCCGGGUGCCAUGGUGUCGCAGCAGCAGUACUGUCUCCGGUGGAAGUACCACCACACGAACCUGCAGACGAUGUUUUCGCAGCUGCUCGACCGGGGUUGCUUCUGCGACGUGACGCUGGCGUGCGAGGGCCAAACGAUCCGCGCCCAUCGGGUGGUGCUGUGCGCCUGUAGCACCUACUUCGAUCAGCUGCUGACGAACUGCAGCUCGGAGAAGGACCCGAUCAUCAUCAUGCGCGAGGCGCGCUACGAGGACGUCAAGUGUCUGAUCGAGUUCAUGUACCGGGGCGAGAUCAACGUGAAGCAGACCAUGAUCGGCUCGCUGCUCAAGACGGCCGAGGAGCUGUGCAUCAAGGGCCUGGCGGAGGUGUCCUGGCGCGAGCAGGAGGCCGCCGUAGCGGUGGCAGCCCACCACCACCACAGCGGCAGUGGCAGCAGUGGCGGUGCUCCGCCUCCGCACCACUACCAUCUGAGCCCACCGUCCACCAUGACGACACCGCCGCAGACGACGACCAUCUCCGUGCUGACAGACAGCCCCGAUGACAGCAGCGUGGCCGUGCAUAGUGUCAACCACAACCAAAACAACAACAACGUCAGCAGCAGCAGCAUAGCCAAUGCCAAUGGGGGGGCCUAUGAGCUGGAAGAAGUGGCCACGCCAUUCGCAGGCACCGGCAUCAGCAGCAGCCGGCUGCUUACCGUGAAGGACACUAGUGAGCCGCGCGCUGUGGCUUCAGAUGAUGACCAUGAGCGGCAGGAGCAGCAGCAGCAGCAGCAGCACGCGGUGGGCUGCGAUGCGGAACAACCGGAGGCCCUGCCCCCACUACCGCUGCUGAGUAGAGGCGGUGGGCUGCCGGUGGGCAAGAAGAAGCGAGGCCGCCCGCCACUGGACGAGGAGUACAUGACGUUUCAGCCACGGCCCAGGCUGUCGCAGCCCGUCGGACUUAGUUUCUCGCCGCUCGCCGAGACCGUCGGUGCCAUGGCACCCGAGGGUCUGGUACCACCGAUUGUCGGAGCGUCGGAGCCGACCGUCAAGCUGACCCGUGACCCGUUCGAGAGCGCCGACGCCUCCGCCUCCGCCGCCGAUGGUAGUGCCGGUCCAGUAUUUACCAAGUCGGAACGUCCCGAUACGCCGGCCUCGUCGUCCGACCUGGGCGGUGGCGCCGGUUUCACGCACUACACCUGGGGCAGUAGCGGCAGUGUGUCGGGGGACUCGGGUGGCGGCGGUCUGUUUGGGCAGCAAGAGCAAGACCACCUGGCGACCGGAGUGGCGGCCAAGUUUGAGAGCCCCCGGCCACUGGACGAUAGCAACCACCACCACCAGCAGCAGCAGCAGCAGCAGCUUGAUCUCCACCACCAUCAACAGCAGCAGGAACAGCAGGAGUCAACGCCACCGGGGCCGCCGACGAGCCCGAGCUACGGUGUCUUUCUGACACCGACGGAGCAGGCCCGCUGGCGGAACGUGGUCAAGAUGAACGACUACCUGAAGAAGGGCCGCCGGCAGCAGUUCUGGGAGGAACCGUUCACCAAGCGCGUGAUGGAGGACAUCAAGCAGAAGGCGCUCGAGAUGAAGAAGGCGGCCAAGAUACUGGGCGUCUCGUAUGGCACACUGUACGGCCACUACCGGGAUACUUACGGGUGUCUGAAGCAUCCCUACAAGGAUGCACCGUACACGUCGAGGCUGCGACUGCGGGAUGUGUCGGGCGAGCCGGGUGACGCGACCGCGACCAUCGCGCAGCUCGUCGAUAUGGUGCAGCGCGAGGUGAUCAGUCUGCCGCGGGCCGCCGAGCUCCUGAACACGACGCCGGCCACCAUGAGCAGCUACAUCGAGCGCUACGAUCGCACACGUAUGUCCAGCGCGGGGCUGAAUGGCGGCUUUCUCGUGCAGCGCCCCAACAGUUUCGGUGACGACGAGCCGGAUGAGACGAGCCACCGCGCUGCCUUGAUGCUGUCCCUGCCACUGAUGACGCAGCUGAUGAAGCAGCAGCAGCAACAGCAGCAAUUGUCGGCUCCGGUGCCGGACUCCGGAGCCCGAACGCCAGCGUUCGGUGCGGUCUCAGCGAGCGAUGUACCGCGCGUUGACGAUGAGGUGCUGAGUGCCCUGCUGUCGUCGGAGUGUGAGUCGGUGGACGGUGAAACCAUGUCCAGCUGAGCUGAGCGUACCGGUCGAGAUACGGGCAAGGAAUCCCUGCGAUCCACGCGACCAUCGCCGCCGCCAUCCCAAGCCCGCAAGCAACAAGUGCUCCGCUAGUGUAACGCUCUAGGCAACGCAGGGCAACUCGAGCUGAUAGGGCUGUAGAUAGUGUGUACACCACCGCGAGUAGUCUGUAGGGGCGCGCGAUGCUGUGAACUGCGCUGACCACAGCAAUCAAGAGCAGGAGGACCCCGUCUAUUGCCAUCUACUAAGCCUAUUCAUCCUGUACUGAAGUGUAGAGCUGCUAUCUGUGUAUAUAUCUACGUUGGAUGCGGGCGGUGUGCCCUGUGGCGCCACUGUCUGUUCGCAAGAGCUCGCGGCUCGGGGUCAGCCUUCGAAAGGUGUCCCGACACAUCCCGCACAUGAAGAUGCUUGAGGUGCUUGACGUGCUCACUCUUGAGCCGUUUCUGUUGAGGUGCAACCCAAUUUAUUCUGUAGGUUUAGCGCAAUCAAAGCGAGGGCAAGGGCGCUGCUGCAAGUGGGUUACGCGUGAAACACCGAUCCCAACGUAGGAGGACUAGCUCGUUUAUUUAGCCAAAACAUGUCGCCGACGGUAACAUGUGCCUCUGUGUUGGGGAAAACUUCACACGGCGGCGCAGCAACUGUUCGUGCCACCGAAAGUGUUGGGUUGGAUGCAUUUGCGCAACGUUGCCUUGCCCAAACGGUUUC